AUGCCACGACGGUUACGUACUUCAUCCUCCUCUUCAGAAUGUCCACAAAGCAGUAAAUCAUCUGUACCGGUUAACAAGAGGAGGCUGCCAUCGGCCAUCGGCACUGCCAUCGGCAUUCACGAACGUGGGGAACGCGCUCCCAUCGCGUUACACGUGUCGCGCGAGCCAGUGCUCGAGACCUUCGGACACGUAGCCUGGAAAUUUGUCCCCGGAGCUGAUUCGUUCGUCUCGUCGCAUGCAACCGACUCUGCCUUCCGAGUCAGCCAAGCUAAGCUCUUUUCAAGUUCGCGAGACCGCUCCCCCUUGUCCAGCAGCGACCACGGUGUCAGGAUGUCCGCAAUCACGGUGGGCCAGUUUACGGACCUCGUUGUGGGCCCGUUCGACAUGGCGCACUACUCGGAUUCGUCCAGCGAGAACCAGACGGACUCCGUGUAUCGUUCGCCCAAAGCUCGAGCUCCCGCGCAGCGACCGCCGGCACCAUACCUCCCCAUGCUGCAGGAGCGGGUACCACCCUGGGCUCCUGGAACGCCUCACGGCAGCGUCGCUUGCACCGCGGUGUCGACGGAUUUCGGAGCGCCAUCGCCGGCUUAUAUGUGGACCUGCCAGGAGCUACGGCCCAAGCCGCCGCAAGAGCCUGCCAUUCCUCGUCACGAGGUGGCUUUAGUGAAGAGCAAAGGCUACGACUUGCUGUGCCGCCUGGCGGUCGCUACCACGGUUCUGGUCAAGGUCGCAGUCCCGGUGGUUGUCGUCUUCCCGAGUGUGCCUGGUCGCGUCAGGAACGACGUGGCAACCGUCAAGGCUGGAAACCUGGUGCUCGAGGGUGCAAAUUCCGUGGCCUGCAAAAGCAACGUGACGCCGUGCACCACGUGUUACUCGACCCACGCGACACCUGCUGCUGUCACAGGAGCCAGGGGCGGCGGGACGAUCACGCCACAGGGAGAGGCGCGUCGCUGCAAGCACCGGGGAGGUACAGGCCAGGGCUGGAAGGCGAACCUCUCGUCGUCGUCGUCAUCGUCGUCGUUGUCGUCGUCAUCGCAGUCAUCGUCGUCGCUGUCGUCGUCGUCGUUGUCGUCGUCGUCGCAGUCAUCGUCGUCGUUGUCGUCGUGGCCCGCGACGACCGGCACCACGUGGCAGACGUCGGAGCACCCAGGCUGCGAGGUGCCCCGCGAACCGCUGCUACGCGACGUCGGCGGCCUGACGACGCAGAGGCAGCGCACAGUCGCGACGACUCCCGCAGGCACGCGGAUAUCGGAGGACGCUGCUGCCACGGCGGGCUCGUCGACUUCGCAGGCACCGGAGGCGAUGGUGGCAGCUUCCAGCUCCGUUGUGGCUUCCAGCGCCGGAAAGACCGAGUGCGAAGACACGGGCCGUAAAAGGGGUGGUGCCUGCCGGCAUAUCGCGGCCGACGGUUCGCCGUCGACUGCUAGCCUCAGCGCGUCAUCCGUUCUCGGACGUCCAAGCUGGAGCGAAACUGCGGGAAGUCAUCUCCGAUGAGCAAGGCAUAUGAGCUGCUGGAACGUUUCAAGAAGGCUCGGGCCUGCAAUUUAGAGACGUCAGCGUGCGCAACGACGAAGAUUUCGAACCUCCUGGAGGAAAAUACGUGUACCAGGCCAUUCUUGUUGACGUGGAGCCUGGCAGUGCGGACGCAUUGUUGUCGGGACCACGUGGACAGCAUUUGCGCCCAGACAACUUUCGUGUUCGGCCAGAGUGGCACUGGCAGCAACUGGGCACAGGGUCACUACACUGAAGUUGCUGGAUUGGGCUAAAUUUUUGUUACUCACGAUAUCUUUGCGUGAUGUGCCUAAAUAUAUAUUAUCGGUUUAUCUAGUGACAUACCUGGUCUCGUCUGUCGAUCAGUGUCUCCCUGUUACGAGUAUCUAUGUUGAACAGUAUGAC